AUGAGUCAAGAGUUACAUGAAACAAAUUCUUCGUACCGAAGGAAUUACAAUAAUGAGAAAAGUGCAAGGAAUGAAGAUGUGGUCAUUCAUAACUAUGAUAAUGCAAUAAAUGAUGAUGAUACCCCUGAAUUUAAAGAAAAGAAUAAUAUUGAACUGAUUAAUUCAAGACGUUACGUUGAUGAAACAUCAAGUUUUUCUGAAGAUUCAAAUGAUGGGAAAGAUAAAUUUGAACUUAAACAAGGUCUUAAAGAUAGACAUUUAUCGUUAUUGGCUUUAGCAGGUAUUAUUGGACCAGGUAUUAUGGUUGGUGCAGCUUCUGCAUUAGCUGAGGGACCAGCUGCAAUUCUUAUAGGUUUUAUUGUUAUGGGUAUAAUUGCGUUUACUAUGAUACAAAGUGCUGCUGAAUUAGCUGUUCAAUAUCCCAAAGGUAAUAUUUUCAUAUCAAUUGGUUCGAGAUUUGUGGAUCCCGCAUAUGGUGGUGCAGUUGGGUGGUAUUAUGUCAUUAUAUGGGUUUGUGUUUUAGCAAAUGAGUAUAAUUCUGUUAGUUCGCUUUUACAAUAUUGGAACCCCAAUGUACCAUUAUAUGGAUUUAUUUUAAUUUUUUGGAUGGGUUUUAAUUUUAUUUCUUUACUUCCAGUUGAAUAUUUUGGAGAAAUAGAGUUUUGGUUAGCGUUAUUCAAAUUAGUAGGGCUUGUGGCUUUUUACAUUUUUACAAUUAUUUAUUGUGCUGGUGGAGUGAAAGGUCAAAAAGCAUUUGGUUUUCAUUAUUGGAAUGAUCCUGGUCCUUUUGCUAGAGGCUUUGCUUCAGUUGCUUCAUGUUUAACUUUUGCUUCUACUUUUUAUAGUGGUACUGAAAUUGUGGCUAUUUGUGUUGGGGAAACUAAAAAUCCUAAAAAGGCAGUUCCAACGGCAAUUCGUCAAACUUUUUGGAGAAUUUUAAUUGUUUAUAUUGGUAUUGCUUUAAGUUAUGGAAUUACAGUUCCUUAUAAUGAUGAAAGGUUAAGUGCUGAUUCGAAAUCUUUGAAAAGUCCAAUGAGUAUUGCUCUUGCAAGAGCAGGUUGGUCUGGAGGAGUCAAUCUCAUCAAUGCCUUUAUCGUGGUAAUUAUCGUAUCUGCUGCCAACAGUAGUAUCUAUACAGCUUCAAGAACUAUACAUGCACUUGCAAGACAUGGUAUGGCCCCAAGGUUUUUCAAAAAGUUGAAUCGCUACCAAACGCCAUAUUUUGCUGUUUUAUUUGCAAAUGUUUUAGGUCUAAUUUCAUUGAUCAACCAGGGUAAAGGAGCCAGGGAAGCAUAUGGUUAUAUUGUAAACCUACUGGGAGUGGCUCUAUUUGUCGUGUACGCAUCGGUGUGUUUCUAUCAUAUCAGAUUUCGUCUAGCUUUACGGGCUCAAAAUAAAUCGAAGGAUGAAAUUUAUUAUAAGGCUUGGCUUUAUCCAUUUUUACCAAUUGCAGGUAUUGUUUUGAAUGUUAUUGUGGCACUUAUUCAAGGAUGGUCAUAUUUCAAGCCGUUUGUCGCAGGUUGGUGGGUUGAUUCCUAUAUAUUACUUCCAUUCUUUCCAAUCUUAUACUUUUUUUUGAAAAUAGUUAAAAGAACUAAAUGGGUUAAUUUGAAGGAUGUAGAUUUAGAAGUUGACAAAAGGGAAGAUGUUGAUGAAUAUUAUGAACCAGAAGAAGCAGAAUUAGGUGAAAAGAAAUUCAAAAGGUAUUACAAUUGGAUAUUUUGA